AUGUCAAGUGCAGCCCGGAUUUCCUGCGCGCUGGUUGUUAUCGCGCUUGUCAUUUGCUCGGCUACAACCGUGGCAACCCCCAAGUCGAUUCCUGCGGGUGUCGCUUUGUUCACGCUGCAUUCGUCUUAUGUCCCGACCGCGAUCAAGCGGCGCUUGAGGCGUACCACGGCCAUGGAGACCAUUGAAACUGCUGGAGAGAGGGCCCCUAAUUUCCUUGUUUCUGAACUGGCUUCGAGCUUUUCUAGCCUGAAGUCACUUCCUGCGGCGUUUUACCAGAAAAGUCAAAGUUGGAUGUUGUGGCUGACGCGGAAAUCCUCGGACGAGAUGUUUAAGCUUCUGAAGCUCAACGAGCUCGUUAAGCUCGACACGGAUGGAACUAAAUUGUUUGGAGACCCCCGCUUUAUAGAGUGGGUCACUUAUGUGAGGACAACAUACUCAAAAGACCCCACAGCGGCGGCUGAGGAAAUUUUAAAGACCUUAAUAGAUCAUUACGGUGACGGUGCUGCAUUGGCUAGACAUUUAGUUGCUGGAACGGAUAUUAAUGGUGUGAAACUCAUCGCUGAUCUCGCUGCAGACCUGCAAGCGGCGCAGCUUAAAAAGUGGGAUAAGGAAGGGAAAACGGUGGAAGAGGUCUUACAGAUUUUGGAGCUGCAUAAGCCAGAAAGCAAUCCUUUUCAAGACCCACUGUUUUUGCAGUUGUUAGCUUUCGUGAAUCUUAAACACCCAAAAGACCACGCAGCGAGUGGAGAAGGACUGUUUAAAAAUAUACUAUUUUCGCAGUGGGCCACCUUCAUCGAGGUAAGACACCGGGACAAACCCGAAGCGGCAAUUGAUGUAAUCUUGUCGACUCUGGCAGCUCAUUACGGGGAAGAAAAAGCAUUGGCUGAUGUUCUUGUUGCUGGAACGGAGAUUUCCCAUAUGGCUAAACUCGCUAUUAACCUGUUGAAGGGGCAGUAUCAGAAGUGGGAGGACACUGGAAAAAGUGUGGAGUGGAUUUUUACAGUUUUAAGGCUGGAUGAGAUGGGAGAAGGACUGUUUAAAAGCCCACUAUUUUCGCAGUGGGCCACCUUCAUCGAGGUCAGACACCGGGACAAACCCGAAGCGGCAACGGAUGUAAUCUUGUCGACUCUGGUAGCUCAUUACGGGGAAAAAGGUCCAUUGGCUGAUGUUCUUGUUGCUGGAACGGAGAUUCCUCAUAUGGCUAAACUCGCCGUUAGCCUGUUGAAGAUACAGUUUCGGAAAUGGAAUGACAUUGGAAAAGAUGCGGAGUGGGUAUUUACAAUUUUAAGGCUAAAUGAGUUUGAAGAAGAGCUGUUUGAAAGCCCACGCCUGUUCAUGUGGCUAGUUUAUGUCGAAAAGCGCUAUCGAGCGGAGGACAAUGAGGCUUAUAAGGCGGCUAUUGCGGCAGCUGAGAAGUGGACUGAUCCGGAGAUUAAAAAGCUGGCUAAUGAGGCGGUUAAGACGGCUAAGGAGGUGGCUUAUAUGGAGCCUUUUGAGGCAGUUUUUUCGACCUUACAUAGCCAUUACAGAGACGAUAUGUUAAAAGAAAUUCUAGCGAAGGGUUCGGAGAACGCCAACCCGGAAGUAAAGAAAGUUGCUGACGAAGUGAAAAAGAUGCAUGAGUGGGCCACUCAAGAAUAUUAG